AUGCAUCACUUGCAAGCAGAAAUCAGUCGUACUUCGUUUGCAAGUAAUUAUAGGAUUGAUGUUGAAAUAGUCCACUCAGCCAACCAAAAAAUAGCAGACAACCGAGAGAUAUUAAAAGUUGUAAUUGAUGUGCUUGUUUAUAUUGCUCGACAAAAUAUAUCUUUAAGAGGGAACAAUGAAUCUUGUUCUUCAAUGAAUAAAGGUAAUUUUUUGGAACUUCUUCAAUUAUUGGCUAAAUAUCAUCCAAUCCUUCAAAAUCAAUUGAAUAAGAUUGGAAAUAAAAAAAAAAAUAGGCUAACUCUAUUGUCACACGAUUCACAAAAUAAACUUUUAAAAAUAUUAGCUGAUAUAGUUAGAUCGUUUAUUUUAAAGCAAGUACAAAAAUCUGGAUUAUUUUCCGUUAUCAUUGAUACAACAACUGAUAUUGCUAAGCUAGAACAAUUUUGUCUUGUGAUCCGUUAUGUUGAUGAAUAUAAUAAAGUCCAAGAGCGAUAA